AGCCUCGUCCAUUUCUCGAACCGUGACGUGAAGAGGAAUUUAAAGGACGGACGAGUCAUUUACUUCUAUGCUGAGACCAGCACAACUCACACGACAUUUCCUGACGGCAUCGAGGUUUUUGAGUUCAGCAACAAUCAGAAGGAGAAGCACUAUCCUGAUGGAAGGAAAGAGAUUCUUUUCCCGGAUGGCACAUUGAAGUAUAUCAAGAGCAACAAGGAAGAAGAAAGCAUAUUCCCUGAUGGAACAAAGCAGAGAAUAUUCAGGUGUGUUUGA